AACGGUAUUUUGUCUUUUCGUCUUGCGAUUUCGUUUUGUGAUUUCCCAAAGAGGAACAGCUGCUGAAAAAAUGGAUUGAAAAUGUCAACGCGCCUCUUUUUAGUUCCAUGGAAUCAAGCGAAAUCUAUAAAAAAUAUGUGUGUAAUAGACAUUUUUCUACCGAUUUCAAUGUUCCUGGAACAAGACGGGGACUUCGUAGAGAUGCUUUUCCGAAUAUUUGUUUAUCAGCAGGUAUGUACAAACAAUUACAAUUGUAUUACAAAGUGUCAUCAGUAAUAAGUAAUGAGCGAUAAAAAAUAUACACUGCCGAGCAUAAAAUUCGGGUCACCCGUAAUUUUUUUCCGAUAUAACAUACUCUAUGAACUGAUUGCUUUAAAAAAUGUUGUUGUUUCGAUAAGCGUUUGACAAAAAAGGAGUCCUCCAGCCAAAUUCUUAAAAACCAUUAUCAGCAUUGUUUUUUUUGGUGUUAUCUGUCAAUUGCAAAUUCAUCUGCAAAAAGUGAAAAAUGUAAACAUAAGCGAGUGGACAGUUCAGAUUUAAAUCCCAUUCAACAUGUUUGUGAUGAGAUAGGGAAACGUUUACGCAGACAUGUGCCGGCCCCCAGAAAUUCUAGAGAGCUUCGCAACAUAGUGGUGCAGAAAUGGAACAAUCUUCCGCUGAAUAUAACCCAAAAUCUUAUCCAAAGCAUGCCUCGUCGUUUGCAAUUUCUUUUGUUUCAUCGAAAAGCAUAUCAGCGUAAAAUUGUUCAUUUUCAUUACUUUGCAUAUCAAAUUGUCCUACAAGGGAAAGAGAAAGAUGACGUCCAUUUGACGUCAAUGGUUGAAGAAGCAGCCUCAGUAACUAGUGAUUUUAUUCAAUCACCAGUAAUCCCAAAUGUAGAAGAUGAAACUUGUUUCAUUCAGCAACAGCUAAGAAACCAGAAACUUAAACCCAAAAGUCGCAGAUUUACGUUAAAAGAGAAAUUAUUGUCUCUAACACUUUUUAAGGCCAGUGCGAAAGCAUACCGCUUAUUAUCCAAGAUUUUUUGUUUGCCGUCACCUGGGACAUUAAUUAAUUUAUUAAAUAAAAUUCCACUCCGCCCUGGCUUGAAUAAACGCCUAAUGGACAGUUUCAAGCAGUCAGUGGCAAAAUUAAAAGAAAACGAUGAACAAGAUGAAGGUGUCAUUGAUGGCGCAAGUGUUUAGUUUUAAAGUGGGAUCCUUGAUGAAACGUAUUUCACAAUGGGGUCUUCAGUAUGACAACAGCUUACCUGCUGAAGCAGUGCAAACUGCAGAUUUCAUCUUGUUUAUGGAUAUGUUAUUUGACAGCCUCAAUGGUAAUGCAAAACAAGCGCCAGUAAGUAAACCAUUUAAAGGAGGGGUUUCGACUGAUUCUGGACAUAAAAAGUGGUGGGAAGAAUCUGUGAAAGUAAUUAAAACAAUGCGUUUUUGGAAUAGUAAAAAGGGCAUAUAUGUAAAAGUCCCAUGGACCAAAAAUUUAGUUAAAACAAUUGAAGGUUUCUUGUAUUUACGAACAAGAUUGUUGACGCGAGUAAAGUACUUUUUGCCACGUGCUUUGAAUCAAGAACACAGAUUUGUGAUCUUGAAAUGUUAUAUUAUGUUGAUAUAGUUCAAAAGAAAAAUAUAUUUGUAAUCAAAGUAUCGACGCGGCGGCACUGGAUCGAGCGUCUGAAACAUCAUUCCGCCCGUUGAUAAUAAGACAAAUUUGAUAUUAUCGUUAUCUCUUUUUUAUUAUCAACUUUUAUACAAUUUAUUUCACAAUAAAUUAGACUGUAUUGAUUUAAUAUAUAGUUCUGUUUUAUACUGAUUCUAGCCGUACAAACAUCUCAGUUUGCUUUUCAGUUUCGGCUAUAUCAAAUUUAUUCAACAAAA